AUGUAUCCCAUGUCUAAACGGGCAAAGUCCUCUCCGGAAAUCAGCGCCUGCAAAGCAAUCAUGCGGAAUUUAUUCUCGAAGCGAUAUAAAAGCUUCGCCUGGGUAUUUUACCAUCCUAUAGAUGCCAAUUUUCUGGGCCUAUAUGAUUACCACGAUAUUGUCAAGGAACCCAUGGAUCUCUCAACUAUCAAGCAUCGUCUCAACUCGAACUUUUAUCUGAAUGCCGUUGAUUUUGCACGAGAUGUGCGUCUCAUAUUCUACAACACAUAUUUGUAUACAAGUGCUGACCAUCUGUGCUAUGAUAUGGCCAAGAAAUUGCAGGCACUUUUCGAGGAUAUGUAUGCUAAGGUGCCGUUGCAUUGCUCCAACAAUGAACCCCCUGCAUGGUCAGACUCCUCGUCCGAUUUGGAUGUGGAGGCACCUUGGAAUCACAACAACAACCACUGGAUAAACAAUAGUAACAAUAGCGGAACUCCACUUCCUCAGCCCAUGAACAGCAGCUUGGCUCGAGUGAUGAAUGAACCACAAGUUCAUCAGCAUCAAAUGAAAUCACCUGAGGUUUCCAAUGCUUUUGCACAUGUGCCAAUGUCUGUCGAAGAGGAUUUGGAUUUGCAUAUCAAGGUGCAACAGUUGGACGGCGUAAUGCUUCUCAACGUUAUCCAUAUGAUACACCAACUAGAGGGCAUCAACUUCGGGAUUCCCAACAAGGAGCUCGAGUUCGAUGUGCGCAAUCUCAAACCACACACAAAGCGAUCCAUUCUGGCCUACAUGGCCAGCAAAGGUAUAACCGGGAAGCGGGUCUCUCGACUAAAGAAUCCCUACAACUAA